UGCCUCUCUUUCUCUCACAGCGCGUGUCACUGUCACUGUGAAAGCGCGCGCACUUGUCUGUGUCCACCACACAACUCCACUGAGCGUUGAGGGAAGCUGCAACUCGCCUUUUCCUCGACCAAACACGUUCAGAGUAGUCUGUAAGUGUACUUUGUCAGGGUGAGGAAAACGUUUGGAAUGAUUUGAUUUGUAUCCCUCUUACGGACAUUCAGCAGUUUUGCGGUUGGACCUUCAGAAGCGAUAAGAUGUCAGCGGAGAAACUUACAACUCAGGUGCGUGGCGGAAACGCGCUUGUACACAGCCAAAGGUAAGAAGUCCCAUUGAAGGUCUACCGGAGCUGCUUCAUGCAAUUUAGCAUCUGUUUCCUUUAAGACUUUCAAUGAAAUGCUGAAGUGAGCUGGACCUAAGGGACAGGCUGGGGAACGGGUAAAUCAAGAUUUAUGGAGGGGUGUCUCUAUUGACCCUGCAGUUACCACAGUUACCCCCAAAGUGGCUUAGCAGCUGAUACCAGGUUCUUCCUAUCCCCUCUUUCCCUUCAAAAAGAGAGUUAUUUGGUUAGAGCAAUGGUCGGAUUGGCUCGUCCUCACACCUACUGCAGGAGCCAUUGAGUGGCAGAGUCCCACUGAGCAAUUAUCUGGAGCACAACUAUGUGUGUCCCUGAGGAUGUCCUUUCAUAUUGGUUGAUGGAACCAUGUCUUCUCUCGUCUACAUUGUUCUUGAGCUGCUGAUUGCGGUUUUGGCCGUGGCAGGGAACGUUCUGGUGUGCUGGGCCGUCUGCCUCAACAGCAAUCUCCAGAGCAUCACCAAUUUCUUUGUGGUAUCACUGGCUGUGGCGGACAUCGCAGUGGGACUCCUGGCCAUUCCGUUUGCCGUCACCAUCAGCACGGGCUUUUGCAGCCAUUUUCAUGGAUGCCUCUUCAUCGCCUGCUUUGUGCUGGUCCUCACGCAGAGCUCCAUCUUCAGUUUGUUGGCCAUUGCUGUGGAUCGCUACAUUGCCAUCAAGAUCCCAUUGAGGUACAACAGCCUUGUCACAGGCCAAAGAGCCAAAGGCAUCAUUGCGGUAUGCUGGAUACUUUCAGUGGUCAUCGGCUUGACCCCCAUGCUGGGCUGGAACAGUGGCAUCGCCGCAGAAACCAACAGCUCCUGUCCUCAAGGUAUGACGGAGUGCUUGUUCGAGAAGGUCGUCACCAUGGGUUACAUGGUUUACUUUAACUUUUUCGGCUGCGUCUUGAUUCCGCUAUUUGCUAUGCUGGCCAUCUACGCGCGGAUCUUCAUGGCUGCCCGUCGCCAGCUCAGACAGAUGGAGCAGAAGCUAGUGCACAUGCAUGGACACACCCACGGGGAAGGAUCCUCAUCCCGGUCCACACUACAAAGGGAGGUCCACGCCGCCAAAUCCUUGGCUAUCAUUGUGGGCCUCUUCGCUAUUUGUUGGCUCCCAUUGCACAUCAUUAACUGCUUCACAUUGUUCUGCCCUCAGUGUGAUCGACCUCAGGACUGGGUCAUGUACCUGGCCAUCAUGCUUUCGCAUGCUAAUUCAGUAGUGAACCCGUUUAUAUACGCCUACCGAAUACGUGACUUCAGGCACACCUUCCGAAGGAUCAUCCGUCAGCACUUCCUGUGGCAUGAAAACAGACUGGCCAUUGGUAACAGCAAUGGAGGGAUGGCUGCUUCUUCUGCUGCAGUCAGUGUGAUUGACACUUCUUGUACGAUGUCCAAUGGCUUUGUGCUGGAUCCCAAUCCCAUUCGCAGCAUGAUUUCUUGCGAUGAAUUUACAAAGCAAAUGCCAGCAAAAAUCAGGCCAAAAACGGAAUUCCAAGACUUAGGAUACAGUUUAAAUGGAGCUUUAAAUGGAGCCAGUUCAACACAGAUUUUUUCAUUACAUACCAGGGAGGAAGUUCCCUCCAUCAGAGACCAUGUAGAAAUCAUGACGGUAAAAGACUGCAAUGCUAUUACUAAUGUGCAUGUCAGAUGUCUGGUGCCCAUAAGGACAAGCAACUCAUCUGAUCUUGCAGAAGUGUCAUGACACACACUUCCAUUACACAACAAGAGUAAAAUACCCAGAUGAGGCUAGUUUCGUUCUUCACGAAGCAAUUACUGAUCUGAGCUGUUGUGCAAGUGAGGGUCACUUCAUUUACAGUACUAUCCAGGCCAGGGUCAGGAAAGAUAAAGCUAUGAGAGGAUCACAUAGCUCCUGUGGGAACCCUCACUGCACAAAUUCCAGGAAUUUUUACUUGUCUUUGCAGUCAAACACCCCUGAUGGUGUUUCCAGAUUUUCUGACCUCAUAAAGAACUAGUUUGCUGACAUUGUAGAGCAUUUUCAAAGCGAUUUUAAGGAGCUUUAUUGUUGUUCCCAGCCAAAGUGGGAGAGGCCUAAUGGAUUAAAUCAAUAUUCUGGAUAAACCUGUUAUAACCGUGCCAUAAAAGACAUUGAUGUGUGGCACAUUUUAAGGAAGUAUCAUAUUUCUGUGCUUAUUUAAGUAGGAGUAUGUCCAAACUGAAAACAUGUACCAUCAGUACACUUUCCAGAACCUCUGUAGUGCUUUAAAACAUAGGGCUGCACGAUUUCGGGAAACAAAUCUAAUUGCAGUUUUUCUGAUUUAAAAAUUGUGAUUGCAAUUUAAAAUGUGAUUUGAAAAAAGCUCCAGGUUUGCUGUGUGUGCUUGUUUGUAGGGCUGCACAAUUUGUCCAGAAAUGUUUUGAUUAUAUAUUAAUAUGACUAUAAAAUAAUUUAUCAUUAUUAUUACUUAAAUUAAAAAAUAAGAAAUUUUACUAUUAUAAUAUUUCACUGUAAAAUAAAAAAAAAAAUCAAGUAUUUAAGAAAAAUGUUGUAAUAAUAAUUCCAAAUGCACGUUAUUUUUUACUGUGAACCGAACCACUCUGAGACACUGAAAACACCACAUCAUGAGCUGUUAGCUUGUAAAAGAACACAGCGCCGCUCUUCACUCUGAAACAUGCAGCACACAUUUGUCAAAUAAAGGUCCAGUGUGUAAUAUUUAGGAGGAUCUAUUGACAGAAAUGCAAUAUAAUAUACAUAACUAUGUUUUUAGUGGUGUAUGAAGACUUUACAUAAUGAACCGUUAUGUUUUUAUUACCUUAGAAUUAGGGCUGCACAAAUAAUCGCGAUUAAACCGCAUGCGAUUUGGCAAAGGCUGGGAAUUAUUUUAUGCGCAGCUUGUCAGAGCUGUACGGCUCAGUGAUCAGUAGUAAAUGCUUCUCCAUCUGAAAGCCAGAGGGCGCUCUUGCGCAGAAACUCCAAAUAUGCCCUGCCGCAGAAGAUAACACACGUCAUUCCAUGAAAUCACUAUGGGCAUCAUACUAUCCAAUAAACAGAAGAUUGAAAUGCUUUGAUUGAUUAAACAUGACUAAUAAACUGCCUUAUUCUGUGUAAGAAGCCACAUCAUCUCACAGAAGGAUGCUCAACUGUCGUUAUGAAUUGAAUUUGGAGUAAAAACUGAAUGUUACUAAAUGUUGUCUUUUGUUGGACAAGAUGUUAAUAAAUGCUUCUCAUGUCUGGAAAGAUUAUAAGCACAUUAUAAGCGACUCAAACUCGCAGUGCUUUCAGAUGGAUUAGCAUUUGGAGCCAUACUUCAUUGACAAGCUGCGCAUAAAAAAAAUAAUCGCAGCCUUUGCGAUUUCAUAAUCGCACUAAGCUAAAUCGCUUAAGCGCAAUUUCGAUGUUUUCGCAUGUUUCUUUUUCUUUUUUUUAAGUUAUAUUUAUGGGCUUUUUGUGCCUUUACUCAGACAGGACAGUAGAGAGCCGACAGGAAAGCAUUGGGCAGAGAGAGGGGGCAGGAUCGGCAAAGGGCCUCGAGACAGGAAUUGAACUCGGGUCGUUGUGAAUGCAUUUGCGCCAUCUGUCGGCACACUAACCACUAGGCUAUCGGCGCCGAUUGCCACCAUGUUUCUACAGUAGCCCUAAACGGACAAACUGCUCUACAGAGUGCGUUUGCUUGACUGUCUACUCUCUGUUGUCUCAGAUGACGACAUCUUUGUCCUGUGUUGGCCACCGUAGGUUCUCUAUGUGUUUCGAAAGGGAGGUAUCAGUGGUGGACUGAGCCGUUGGUUGCAGUUUGCAACCUCACCACUAGAUGCCGCUAAAAUUUACAUACUGAAACUUUAAAUCGCAGCCUUUGCGAUUUAAUAAUCGCACUAAGCGAUAUUGUGAUUUCUGUUUAAUUUCGGUUAAUUGCGCAGCCCUAUUAAAACAUGACCAAACUGAAUUAUACUGUACUGAUUGUAAGCAUGUGUUAAUAUUUAAGGAAAUGUACUAAAUAAAACAAAGCUAUAACCAAA